GAUCGAUCUAGGCUCUUGGUUUGUCAUGACAUGAAAGGAGGCUACGUUGACGAUAAGUAAGUUCAAGGAUGUGGAAACAACGCUGGUUACGCCAUCUGGGAUUGGUAUUUGAUGGACGUUUUUGUUUACUUCUCACACUCGCUUGUGACUCUGCCUCCUCCUUGUUGGACCAACACUGCUCACAGACAUGGCGUCAAGGUAUUGGGGACUUUCAUCACAGAAUGGGACGAAGGAAAAGCUACGUGUAAAGAGUUGUUGGCGACAAAGGAGUCUGCGCAGAUGUAUGCAGAGCGUUUGGCUGAACUUGCUGCUGCUCUUGGCUUUGAUGGCUGGCUGAUAAAUAUAGAGAAUGUAAUAGAUGAAGUUCAAAUUCCAAAUUUGAUGGUUUUUGUUAUAUGGUAUGAUAGUGUCACUGUUGAUGGUCAGCUUGCUUGGCAAGAUCAGUUAACUGAGAAGAAUAAACCUUUCUUUGAUAUAUGCGAUGGAAUAUUCAUGAACUAUACAUGGAAGGAGAACUAUCCUAAAGCAUCAGCUGAAAUUGCCGGUGAUAGGAAACAUGAUGUCUACAUGGGAAUCGAUGCAAAUGUUGCCCUUGAUUUGCUGAAGAGCAGUAAUGUAUCAGCUGCGAUAUUUGCUCCUGGAUGGGUCUACGAAACCGAGCAACUACCGGAUUUUUACACGGCACAAAAUAAAUGGUGGUCACUUGUUGAGAAGUCAUGGGGUAUAGUUCAAACAUAUCCUCAAGUCCUACCUUUCUACUCAGAUGUUAAUCAGGGCCUUGGUUCUCAUAUCUCUCUUGGAGGUCAGAAAUUAUCAGAAGCUCCCUGGUACAACAUUUCAUGCCAAAGUCUGCAGCCACUCCUAGAAUUCAAUGAAGGAAAGAAUUCAGAUAUCAUGCCAGUCACCGUUGAUGGUGGGGAAGCAUCUUAUAAUGGAGGAGGGAACGUCAGUUUCAGAGGAAAACUAAAGAGAAAUGCACAUUUCACUGCAAGACUCUUCAAACCUCAGCUUCAGCUCUCUGCUUCCCCAAUAUCAAUCUCGUUUUCUGUAAAGUCAGAUAAAAGAUCCGAGCUAAGCAUUUUGCUCCAUUUUUCAUCUCCUUCACAUGAUGAGACAAAGUCCUUUCUUAUGGUGCCAAAUGAAUCCAUCAACAGAUUUGGCGACAUGUUCCUGCCAUGUCUUCUCACAUCAAAACAGACCACAUCCGGUUGGACGGUGCAUGAAACAAACCUUGUUCUGGAUGGGCACACACUGACUGAGAUAUCUGCCUUCUGCUCCAGACCAGAUGAUCUCACAGAAGAAACAAACACACUAGAGUAUUUUGCUUUGCUUGGACAUAUCUCCAUCAAAAGCCAGCAAAAAAACAAGCUUUUUCCUCUGGCGUCAUCAUGGGUUAUUGAGGCUCAUCAUGUAAAGUUUGUACCGGGUGGUUCUGGCUCCAAGACCUUAAGUCGUAAGCUAGAAUGGAGAUUGAAGCACCCUGAAGAAGACUCUGUCUUUACAAAGUACAAUGUGUAUGCAGAGAAUCUGAAUUCGAGUGAUUAUAGACCAAGGAAAGUUAUGGAAGAACCAAGAAGCGAGAAAGUGUUUCUUGGAACAGCUCAUGUUGAUGCUUAUUAUGUCUCUGAUAUGGUCGUUGGAUCAGAUGUGAAGGGAGUCCGGUUCGUGGUUCAAACCUGUGGUGAGGAUGGUUCAUGGCAGGAGUUGGAUGCUUCCCCUAACCUUGUGGUUAAAGUAGAACGUCUGAGUUCAAAGCUCUGUUGUUGUGGGUUAUUUUGAGUAAUGGUUCAUUUCCGAACUUGCAAUCCCUGCGAUCUAAUAAGAGCAUUGAUGGUUUAGUCAGUGUCAAGGAUAUGAACCAUACCAUAAUGAUUAUAAUAAGUUGGAAAUAAAAUUUGAAACACAUG